AUGCUGACUGGGCAUCUACCAAGCGGUCAUCGGAACAAGGUGCACAAGUUUGGCGCCAAAUCAAUCUGGCUGUACUUUAUUGGCGCUGAAUGGGUACAAAAUGAACGAUUCACACCCAUUUCUGUAUUCACAUUGACAUCACAACCCAGACACUCAACAAUCCAGACGAUGUCAAUGCCGUGCUACGACUCAAUAACAGAAGAAUCCUUCACUGAACCGCUGUUGUCACUAGAUGUCCGCCCUCCUUCGCGUUUAAACGAAACGAGUGGACAGUCAAGGUGGCGUCCUGAAGGGAUCUAUUUUGAGGCCCAGGACCAGUUUUCUAGCCGCAAGCAAACCGCUAUUGCGGCGUCAAAACAAGCAUUGCAGCGCGAGUGCCGUCGCAACAACCAGAGACGUUACAGGCAUAAGCAGAUUGCCUUAACCACGAAUCUCGAGAUAGAAACGGAUCAUUUACGUGAUGAAAUCAACCAGCUGAAACGACAUCGCUCUGAUAUCGCUGCGUCCAUUCCGACCAAGGAAAACGUCUGGUACUUUGUGGUCGAGUACUUUCGACUCUUUCGCUAUGGACUUCGGAACGUGGUGCGGACACCGUCACGUUCCACACAGAACACACAGUACAAUGACCAACUAAGCUGUGUGCGAGAGGCCAUGCUGCCAGACGUGUUAUUUAACGCGGAACAAGGCGUUGAUGCACUGAUUAAGCAUUGGAUGUGCGUGUCGCUCCGAUUCGAAGACGUCUUAGUAGAGCUUGACGAGAUCAAGAAGGGAGCCGCAGACUCCCUGCUUGCCACAUCUACAACAAGCAUUACCAUCCAGGAGCGCACUUUACGCAGCGUGUUCCCCCACUUGUGCAUCGACAUGGACGACUCGCCACUCGCGAAGAUAUUAGUGGGCCAGCGGAUUCAAAUGCGAGGGUGGACGUGUUUCGAGUGGGAUCCAACGUUUGGACGGGUGACCUGCAUAACCAACGUGGCAGACUUGCUGACCCCGUUGCUCAAGCUUGUAGGAAACCUAGAGAGCGUGUCGCGGAUAUUCGAUGGCGCCCUUACAUCCCCGAGCUUUCAGUGGAAAACAACACGAUAA